AUGGACGAAGCAGAGCCUUCAUCCGAAAGCAUCCAUGAGGUCAUCUCUGAAGUGGGUCACCAGGAGUCCGCAGUAGAGGCGGAGCCAUCAGCAGACAAUGCGCCUGAGGUUGACGCAGAUGAGAUUGAGGGUGUGGAUGGAUCAGAGCAACCAUCACAUGUACAAGAGGUGGGUGUUGUGGAUGGAUCAGAGCAAGCAUCACAUGUUCAAGAGGUGGGUGUUGUGGAUGGAUCAGAGCAAGCAUCACAUGUUCAAGAGGUGGAGGUGGAAGAGCCGCUUGGCCAACAGUCGGUCGAUAUGGAACACCCUUCGGAAGUUGUAGACCAGAUGCAAUUUACGUCUGCACAACACGCCCCCACUGUGUUUGUAGACGAUUUGUCGGAGACUGUAGACGAGAUGCAAUUUGGCGCAGCCCACCAUGCACCGACGGUGGUCCUGGCAUCCUCCUCGGGAGAGGUGGAUGAGACGCAACUCGAAACGGUCCGCCAUACGCCCACCGAUAUUAUGGAAGACUCUUCUGAUAUUAUAGAGGGCGUGGAGGCAGGAGACUCCCACGACCAGGGUGCUGCUGAAGAGGUGCCAGAAACAUCACACAUGGAGGAGAUGAGGGUCGAUGAUCAACCUGGUGGAAAUGACGCAUCAGAGGCUACUUUACGUGAGAUUGAGCAGAAGCUGGCUGAAAAGGAGCAGCAUUGCGUCAUGCUCGAGCAGCAGCUGAUUCAGGCAAACCAGCAGGUGGAAACCUGCUACUACCAGCUGGAGGAAAACGGAGAGCGCCUGCGCAAGUACGGCUCAGAGGUGGAGGCGCUUAAGGCCGAAAAUGAUAGGCUCGGAAGCGAGGUGGAUAAAAUGAAGGCGGAUUGCGAACGUCUGGAGCUGUUGGAAACCGAGAAGCGCAACCUCAGCGAGAUGACGGCCACGUUGACACGCGAUAUGGAGGCAAAAGAAAGGGAGGCCGCCCUGUCAUUGCAGUCUGCCACUGCGCUGGAGGAGCGCGUGAAGGCGUUGGAAGGCGACAACACCAGCCUCAAGGGGCAGCUGCAGUCUAUUGAGAGCGAGUGCCAGGCCCACAAGCUGAAAUCCUCUGAAAUCUACGCGAUGUACCAGCAGCUGCAGAAGGAGAACGUCAGCAUGGUGGAGCAGCUUAAACAGCGAAGCAUCAGCGCAACGGCAAGCGUGUCUGUCGACACCGCCGCAGCGAAUUAUAAAGAGCUCACCGGCGAACUCGAGCGGGCCACACAGCGUUGCAAGGAGCAGGAGGCGCUCCUGAACUCAAAACAGGCCGCAAUACAGAAACUGGAGCAAGAACUGGCGGCGCUGAAACGUGAGCGGCGCGAAGCUGCUGCCCAGGCCCAGGAGAACGAGAGCGCAGCGGCAUCUGAUGCCGACGUGCGGCGCAUGAGCGAGGAGUUUCGCAUGAUGAAGAUGAGCAACGCCGGCCUCGUGAGCGAGGUGGCGUCACUAAAGGCGAUGUUAGCGGAGAAGACCUCCCGCAUCGACAACCUCAACUGCGAACUGUUGGCCCUGCGGCACCCGGAGGAGGCAAAGCACAAGGGCGAACUGGACCUGGAAGACUACAUGAGCAACCGUCGCAUGGGCUUCUCAUCAAAUGUGGCGUCGCGAAAGCGCAGGGGUCUGCCCGGAUUCAUGGAUGCUUUGCGCCUGGCGUUGGGGCACUGGUUCAUGCGCCUGUUGGUUGGUAUGUACAUCCUUCUGCUGCACGUGGCAGUCGUAGUCAUCCUCAACAAGUAG